AUGGCUUAUCUGACCAAUGAAGCAGCAGCCAGAUCUUCAUUUUCUUAUCUCUCACUAUCUUCUACUGAUCACCAAAAUCAUUACACAUACGAGGUCUUCCUGAGUUUUCGAGGCAAGGAUACGAGGUAUACGUUUACAGAUCACUUGUACAAUGCUUUGUGUCAGAGGGGAAUUGAGACCUUUAGAGAUGAUAAGCUCAGAAGAGGAGAAGAAAUAUCACAAGAGCUCCUCAAAGCAAUUGAGGAUUCGAGACUUUCAAUCAUCGUCUUCUCUCAAAAUUAUGCUGCCUCAAGGUGGUGCUUAGAUGAAUUGGUCAAGAUACUUGAAUGCAGAAAAUCCAUAGGCCAGGAGGUUAGAGCUAUUUUCUACAAGGUGGAUCCUUCAGAUGUUCGAAAUCAAAGUGGUGCUUUCGGUGACGCAUUUGCUAUGCUUGAUCAAUGCAAAUACAAGGAUAGCAUGGGCAAAUGGAAGGCAGCUCUUAAAGAAGCAACAGAUUUGUCUGGAUGGCCUUUGAAGGAUGGCGAGUACGAGGGUAAAUUUAUCAACGACAUUGUUGGGGAGUUGUCCACCCAAGUAGUAAACCCUUCAUGUGAGUUGCAAGUAGCUGCACAUCCAAUUGGAUUAGAGUCUUGUAGGCAGGAUGUCAACAGACUUUUAGAUGUCGAGGAAAUUAUUCCUCGCAUGGUUGGCAUAUGGGGGCCUGGUGGGAUAGGAAAGACCACAAUUGCAAAAGAUGUGUUUAAUUCAAUUCGCCAUAAAUUUGAAGGUAGCUGUUUCCUGGCAGAUGUUAGAUCAAAAUCCAAUUCAAAUUCAAGUUCAAUCGACUAUCAAAACCUAACCCAACUGCAAGAGACAUUUUUAUCUGACAUUUUAAGAAACUCAAUUUUAAAGGUGAGCAGUGUUGAUCAAGGAGUCAGUUUUAUAAGGAAAAGGAUGCGACAUAAAAAAGUUCUCUUAAUCCUUGAUGACGUAAGUCAUUCCAGCCAAUUACAAUACUUAGCUCCAUCCUCUGAUUGUUUCGGGCCGGGCAGUAGAAUUAUCAUAACAACAAGAGAUAAACGUUGGCUAACUGCUCAUCGAGUUGAUUCAGUAUACGAGGUCAACAUGUUAGAUGAUCGACAGGCUUUGAACUUGUUUAGUUUGAAUGCAUUCAAAAGAAAUGGGCCUCCAAGAGAUUAUCUGGAAUUUGCACAUCGCGUUGUACGCUAUGCCCAGGGCCUUCCAUUAGCAUUGAUAGUUUUAGGCUCUCAUUUAUUUCGUAAAAGCAAAGAUGAGUGGAAAGCUACAUUAGAUAGUUGCAAAAGAGAAGAUCCCCAUAGAGAGAUAAGAAACAUUCUGAAAAUAAGUUAUGAUUCUCUGGGACUAGAUUUACAAGGAUAUUUUCUUGAUAUCGCAUGUUUCUUUAAAGAUCAGCAAGUAGACCGUGUGAAACCAAUACUAGAAGCUUGUUACGACCUCAAAUCAGUGACUGGUAUUGCACAACUCCAAGAAAAGGCCUUAAUAAGAAUUGAUAGAGUUGAGACUUGGUAUGGAGAAAAAGAUUAUAUUUGGAUGCAUGACUUGAUAGAAGAAAUGGAUAAAGAAAUAGUGUAUCAAGAGUCACCUGGUGAGCCCGGGAAACGCAGCAGAAUCUGGAGUAAAGAUGAUGUCAACCACGUUUUAACAAAUAACACAGGAACAAAUAAAGUUAUAGGUAUAGGUAUCCGGGUCAAGCGGCGAUCAUCUACGAUAUCUUUGAAUGCUAAAAGCUUUUCACUGAUGAAGAAUCUUAAAUAUAUUCAUAUGGGCCAGAACCUGGAAUAUGAAUGGUUAGAUAUUCUUGAUAGCCGUGGAAUCACACGACUAUGGGAGGGACGUAAGAAUAGGCUAACAUGUAUGAAUUUAAGGGGUUGUGAUUCCUUAACAGGACUCCCAAACUUCAGAGAAAUCCCCAACUUGAGACCAUUGGAUCUAUCAGGCACUUGCAAGAAAGAAUUGCAUUCGUCCAUUACAAUACUUAAUGGGCUAGAACAGUUGACUCUAAUGAAUUGUAAAAAUCUUACGACUCUCCUGUAUAAUAUUUAUAAGUUGCACAAUCUAGAGUUUCUUAAUGUGAAUGAUUGCCCAAGACUGGCUACAUUUCCAAAAAUUCCAAUAAAGAUGGAUUCUUUAAGAAGACUUUUUCUACAACGGAGUGACAUCAGAGAAUUAGAUGAGUCAAUUAGAAAUCUCAUUGGGCUUGAAUGGUUGGAUCUCAAUCAUUGCAAAAAUCUCACAACUCUACCGUGCAGCAUUUAUGAGUUGCAAAAUUUAGAGUUGCUUACUCUUGAUGGCUGCUCGAAACUUGUCAGAUUUCCAAGAAAAACCAAAAUUUUGAAUGUCGAUGGUAGCUCACUAUCGCUUCCCAAGCUAGGUUUGUUAAGUAUCAGAGGAUGCAGUUUAUUAUCAGAUUGUGAUUUCCUCAAGACUCUUGAUUGCUGGGAAAUAUUAGAGUGGCUUAAUUUGUCAAGAAACAAUUUUGUUAGUCUUCCUGCUUGCUUCACCAAAUUUGUCAACUUACGGCGGCUUGACUUGUCCCGUUGCAACAGACUCAGAGGAAUUCCGGAGCUUCCACCAAACGUUGGUCUAGACAUAAGUGGUUGUGAAUCACUGAUAGAGGCGGCGUCGCCUUCAGUUGAAGAUGAUUGGGAAUCAUCGGACAUAGAGGGGCCGUUGUCGUCACUUGAAGAAGAUUUUGAAUCACCUGACAUAGAAGGGGCGUUGUGGUCACUUGAAGAAGAUUGUGAAUCACCGGACAUAGAGGGGGCGUCGCCGUCAAUUGAAGAUGAUGAUGAAGAAGAGCCAACUCCGUCACGGCUGUCUCUGUCUUCCGAACAAGCAACAGUGAUUACUCCAGAACGACCCGGGCAAGCAUCGAUGGUGCACUUUGCUCAUGAAAUGGCUAUCUCCCCAAUCCCCAUAUUGUUGAUUUUGACAAAUCCUGGAGCUGUGUUAGAGGAGCCAACUCCGUCGUCACAUGGCUCCCCUGAAUCAACUACUCCUCCACAGCUUCAACACCAAGAGGAACCAACUCAUGACAUAAGUGGUUGUGAAUCACUGGAGAGAUUGUCAAAUUUGACAAAUCCUGGAGCUGUGUUGGAGGAGCCAACUCCGUUGUCACAUGACGACACCACACCGCGGAAGAACCGGCUGAAAUGUGGGGACUUGGAUGAUGCCCGGAAGGUGUUUGAUGAAAUGCUUGAGAGAAACAGUGUCGUGGACUAG